AUGACCUGGAAUAAUCCCCCCAGUGGAGAGCUGUACACAGGAGAGAGAGUGACCCUGAGCUGUGGGUUUGGGGGCGAUCCUGCUGGCUGGGAGUAUCUCUGGUACAAAGACACACUGAGACACACUGUGCCCAACACUGACAGCAGCAGGACUGAUGGGUCCAGUUUCACCAUCAGCUCUGCUGCUCUGGCCCACAGUGGAGAGUACCGGUGUAGAGCUGCAAGAGGAAGAAAACCUUUUUACUCAGACUACAGCGAUCCUCUGACUUUAGAAAUAUCUGCUCUCCCACAAGCUCAGCUGACCGUGCAGUCUGGAUGGACAGACGUCUUCCCCACUGAAACAGUGACUCUGAGGUGUGUAAUUCAGGGCAGCUCUACAGAGUGGAUGUAUAAAUGGUACAGAGAUGGACGGGAGCUUCCUGCAGACAAAGCUGACUCCAGCAGUGUAAAUGGAGACACAUACACAAUCCUCUCUGCUGAUCAGUCACAUGCUGGACUGUACACCUGCAGAGGAGAACUUACAAGGAGAGCAUCUGUACACUCUCUGGUUAGCAGCCCUGCUACAUUAAGUGUACGAGGUAAAUAUGAUUUAUUUUCUCUCAACAAUUUGCAUGUCAUGUGUUCUUUCUUUCCAGAUUGGGGAAAUCCAAAACCCGUUAUUACCCAGAAUCCCCCCAGUAGAGCGAUGUACACAGGAGAGAGAGUGACCCUGAGCUGUGGGUUUGGGGGCGAUCCUGCUGGCUGGGAGUAUCUCUGGUACAAAGACACACAGAGACACACUGUGCCCAACACUGACAGCAGCAGGACUGAUGGGUCCAGUUUCACCAUCAGCUCUGCUGCUCUGGCCCACAGUGGAGAGUACCGCUGUAGAGCUGCAAGAGGAGGAAAACCUUUUUACUCAGACUACAGUGAUCCUCUGACUUUAGAAAUAUCUGUUUACCGUGCUGUGGAGAAUGUGGUUCGGAUCUGUGUGAGCGUGGCAGUCCUCCUCUUUCUGUCAAUCAUUGUGAAUCCAGCCUUCUGGAGAUGGGUAUCACGCCGGAAAGUGGUACACAGUGGGGAGGAACUGGCUGACCAAACUGACCAUACCUGA